AUGUUCCGCCAACUGGUCGCCCGCCACGGCAAGUUCUCCUCGGCCGCGCUGGCCAUGGGCGUCGCGGCCACGGGCGCCGCCCUGGGCGCGCAGCAGCAGUCGCAGGCGUCGGUGGCCCUGGCCGAGGACUCGUCCUUCCCGCGGGCCGCGCCCGUGGCCAAGCAGCCCAAGAUCAACGGGCUCAAGAUCUUCAGCGGCAACGCCAACCACGAGCUGGCCGCCAACGUGGCCAAGCUCGUGGGUGUGCAGCUGGGCAAGAUCACGGUCGAGCGCUUCGCGGACGGCGAGGUGAACCUCAUGGUGCACGAGAACGUGCGCGGCAAGGACGUGUAUAUCGUGCAGCCCACGUGCGUGCCCGUGAACGAGAACCUCAUGGAGCUGCUGCUCAUGGUCAGCACCAUGCGCCGCUCCUCGGCGCGCCGCAUCACCGCCGUGAUCCCGUACUACGGCUACGCGCGCCAGGACCGCAAGAUGGCGGCGCGCGUGCCCAUUUCCGCCGCCGACGUGGCGCGCCUGCUCGAGGCCAUGGGCGUCGACCGCGUCAUCGCCGUGGACCUGCACUGCGGCCAGAUCCAGGGCUUCUUCGGCCCGCACGUGCCCGUGGACAACCUGGACGGCGGCCUCGUGGGCGUGUCCUACUUCGGCAACCACGAGCUCGUGAACCCCGUGGUGGUGUCGCCCGACGCCGGCGGCGUGGCGCGCGCCAAGAAGUUCCGCGAGUGGCUCGUGGGCAAGUACGGCCUGCCCAACACGGGCCUGGCCAUGAUCAUCAAGCAGCGCAUCAAGGCCGGCGAGAUCGACCGCAUGGACCUCGUGGGCCAGGUCGAGGGCUCGGACUGCAUCAUCGUCGACGACAUGAUCGACACGGCCGGCACGCUGUGCAAGGCCGCGCAGCACCUGGCCGACCACGGCGCCCGCAACGUGUACGCCUUCGCGUCGCACGGCCUGUUCAACGGCGCCGCCAACGAACGCAUCAAGAAGUCGGCGCUCAAGGAGGUCGUGGUCGUCAACACCACGCCGCUGCCGAAGAGCUGCGAGGGCAACGAGAAGAUCGUGCAGCUGGACAUCGCCCCGCUCCUGGCGCAGGCCAUCCAGAACAUCCACGGCAAGAAGUCCGUGUCCCAGCUCUUCCACUAG